AUGACUAUGGAUGAUGAAGUUGAUACUGGGCAGCAGUUAGAGCCACGUGGAAUCCAGGAUGCCAUUGAUGACAGCAUUUGUAUGAGCAAAGGUUGUGAGAUUAGGGUUUGUGUUGUGAAGGCUAAUGAAGAUCAUGGAUGUGUUGAUGUGUUCCCAGAAGAGCUCACAGGUCAGGUCCAGGUGGAUGAGACAACCUUUCGGUGUCCUAAAUGUUAUCCUGCACAGUCAUUGCCACUCCCCUACAAGAUUCAAGGAUAUGCGGUGAGACAGGAGUUCAUCCACCGCAACUACUUCCCCCUCCUUUCUGUGUUCUUGUCAUGGAGCGGCUUCAAUCAGGAAUACACUGCGGAUGUUGUCUGA